AAUCAGAUUGAUUCAAAGUUGUUUGAAAAGUCUGUCAUAGUUCAGAUGCUUUAAAGACGAUGACAACAAAAGCUCAAGAGGAAACACGAUUUACUCUCCUCUCACCCGACAGCAUCAACCUGUUUGCUGAGACAAUUGGCGUAGUUGGACUUCCAAAUUCUUUGAGCAAGUCACUGGCCGAAGAUGCGACCUUCAGGAUUCGGCAUGUCAUUCAGACGGCAUCACAAUACAUGAAACAUGCCAAAAGAAGAAGAUUGACAACAGAUGAUUUGAACAGGGCAUUGCAGAUUUGCAGUAUUGAGCCAAUUUAUGGAUAUGGAUCAAGUGAGGAGAUGCCAUUCCGUAACACAACCGUCAAAGAAACAGAGAUCUUUUUUGUAGAAGAGAAGGAUGUCUCUGUGAGGGAGCUUGCUCUUGGUACUGUUGUCCCUACUGAUCCUGGCAAAACUACUGUAAAAGCACAAUGGCUGUGUAUUGAAGGGAUACCUCAACCUGCAAACCAAGGAACAUCUCAAGGAAAGCAAUCAGUAAACAGUGAGAAUGCUCCACAGCAAAAGACACUGUCUGAGGCUUGCCAUAGAUACUAUGAACAUAUUACUAAGGCUAUUCUUGGAGAUAAUGAAAAAUGUAGAAAGGUCAGCUUGGAAGACUUAAGAACAAACCCCAAAAUAUCAACGCUUCUUGCUUACUUCAUAAACUUUAUAUCAGUAGGGGUGAAGACGUAUAGCCAUGAUCUUAAGCAGCUCAGUCAUAUCCUGGCCAUGGUGAGGUCUAUAGUGGACAAUUCAAGUCUCUUCCUGGAACCAUAUGUAAUUCAGCUUGUAACUGCUGUAAUGUACUGUUUGCUUGAAAGUCUUGCCAUCUCUCUCAACCCUGCCAACGAUCACUGGCGACUUCGUGAUGAUGCAGCCCGUAUACUGGCACACAUUAGUCGCAAAUGCAGUAAUACAGUGAACUAUCUUCGACAUCAACUAUUGAUGACUUUGCAAGAGGUGUUAGUUGAUGAUGGAAGACCAUAUUGCUCACAUUAUGGCGCCGUAGUGGGUUUAGCAGAGCUUGGACCUGAGGGCCUUGAACACUUUCUCUUGCCGUAUAUCAAGAAUUACUGGAAGCUACUACAGCAAGUUCUACACGACAACAGUCCAUCUAAUGCUGUGCUACAGGGGGAGGCAUAUCAAGUGUACGGCGCAUUGCUGCAAGCAUCAAGUUGUCUUUUAAAGUCAAAGGCCAAAGGAGUCCCAGUCAAUUCCUAUAAUUUCCAAGUCAACAACUCCUCUCACCCCAUGCUCCGCGCAAAUCUCUCGCCAUGGGCUGGAGCGAGUAUGAUGGAACGACGACCGUCCAUUUCUCAGCGUUCGCGCUCCACUUCAACCAAUUCCAACCAAUCAAACAGCCCCUACCAACGAUUGUACUCCUUAUUUGGUGACAGUCUCGUUCCCAUGAUUGCCUUUAAUAACUGGCAGGACAGUAAUGUUACUAAGAAUAACCUAUUACGUAUACAACCGCUCACGCAUGCGUACUUUCCAUUAAGACCUUUAAGGAGAGAUUCGACAGUCAUACGGGAACUUAUCAUGUCGGCAAGAGCAAACCUUCAGUCACGAAGCAACUACGAAGACGUGACGGAAUCUAUACUUCAUCCGGGACGUAAACGACAAAGACACGACGAUGAAACGACCCGUCAUCCGGAAGCCAAACGAGAAAAGAAGAGCAAAUGGAGCUCUCUGUCUUUAUCCUCACAGACUAAACUAUCAACCACCAUACCUGACAUAUUUGAGCCUACGCCACGAGGAAGGGCGAGCGUCGGACACGUGUCGCGUAAAAAAGGAGGGAAGUUCCUCAAAAGAAAACAUGAGAAGGUACUUGAGAGGAGUACGGACGUGUCGUCGAGUAAAACUCAUGUUGUUACAGGCCGCAUUAAGAGACGUUUCCGCACUACACGACCUGUAAUAACGAACGGACAUCAAUAUGACUAUCAUUUAGGGGUCACUUUGUAACAAACGGUACUUGCCAUACGUUGUCAUAGUAACACUAAAACAUAACAGGCCAUUGUAUAUAAUAUAUAUACUUUAUUUAUAUGAAUGAAGCAAAUCUUAGAAAUAGUACAUAAAUUGUUGUUUUGAUUCGAUUGGCUUGAAAAAGUAUCAUUAAGAGAACUUCAUCGAAACGUUUGGCCGCAAAGAGAAGAUUUCAAAGUAUUCCGUAGGAUCUGGGUGUGGGAGAGUUGGCUUAAUAACCUUGAAUGGCCUUCGCUCUAGGAAUAUAAGGUCUUGUUGUCCAAAUGCGGUUUGCGUUGUUUUACAAUUCCCUUGAGGAAACUAGAACGACACAAAAACGCGUUUUGGUGCGAUGAUGAUGAUCAUGGACAUUUGGCCUAAAAUUCAAAACUGCAAGUGCUGUAAAAAAUAUGAUAACUCAUAGGUAUUGAGCAAGUUUAACAAUGUUGUAAUGCAGCAUUUUUGGUAACAAGAGUCUCGAGUCCUUCGAUGCUAUCUACGUAACAGAUGACUGACAUUUGAAAGUGGCCUAAAAUUCAAAAUGGCGAGUGCUGUACAAACAAAAUGUACAUUGAGAAAGUUUAGCAAUGUUGUAAUGCUGUAUUUUCGGUUACAACGUUCUCAAGUGCUUGAGUACUAUCUAAUUACGCAACAGAUGAUUGACAUAUUAUGGGGCAAUUUUGCGCUGAAUCCUACUACCGUCUACGCAUCGAAGCAUCCGCGGGAACCGAUAGCAAGGCGUAAUCUAAUUUUUGUUGUCUUUGUUACUUCCUCACUGAAAAAUACUUAUUAAUUAUUAUUUCUCAGUCUGGGAGUUGGAAACAAACCAUAGAAGUCACACAAGAUUGCACCUAGGUUCCCGAGGAUGUAUUUGAAAGGAAACCUUAGCAAUUUUCCUAAACUAACUUUGAGUAAAACGCCGUUAGUUUUUCUUAUCAGGACAAGCACGUGCAAAAUGAAAAACGUGUACAGAUUACCAGAAAUUGGAAUUUACCCUUUCUCAUAAUAUAUUUACGCUGACAAGUGCUAUGAAGCCGUAAAUAUACUAUGAGAAAGGGUAAGUUAUAACCUUUGGUACCCAGGUUAAAAAUACUCCUUACUCAUCCCAUAAUUUCACUAACAAAAGACCAAUGAAUACAAGAUGGUAAAAAUAAACAUGAAAUAAAGGUUCCC